AUGAAAUUAUGCAGACUGCUUUGUUUUGUGUUAACUUUACCUUUGCAUUUAAUGAAGAUCACAGGCCUAUACGGUAUGUACAAACGUUUAUUUCCACUUCUUGCCUACAAUAUAACAUUUUCAUACAACGAUAAAAUGAACCAAACGAAAAAGGAUCUUUUCCGAAACGUGAGCAGAUUUGCUAAUACCGACGGAACUCUUCGCCUGCUGGAGAUUGGCUGCGGCAGCGGGGCAAACUUCAAGUUUUAUCCCUACGGCUGCACAGUGACCUGCACCGACCCAAACCCGCACUUCGAGAAGUACCUGCAGAUGAGCAUGGACGCGAACGAGCAUUUGACUUAUGACACGUUUGUAGUUGUCUCUGGAGAGGACAUGGAGGGGGUGCAGGACGAGUCAGUGGACGUGGUUGUCUGCACCUUGGUUCUCUGUUCAGUUAGAGACGUGCAGCGGGUACUGCAGGAGGUCCGACGGAUCCUCAAAACAGGUGGAGCCUUUUACUUUCUGGAGCAUGUUCUCUCAGAUCCCUGCUCCUGGACGUACUUCUUCCAGCAGGUGUUUGAGCCUCUGUGGUAUUAUCUUGGAGAUGGGUGCAUGAUCACCAGGACAACGUGGAAAGAUCUAGAGGCAGCUGAUUUUUCUGAACUUCACCUGAAACACAUUGAGGCCCCAGAAGUUACUCUCAUGAUAAGACCACAUAUCAUGGGAUAUUGCAUUAAAUGACUGCAAGGGAGAAUAGGCAGACUUUAUUGGGCCUCUUAACAACUUCAGAAGGUACUAUUUUUCUCUCUUUAGAUCUCAUGUAUCAUCAUUUUAUUAGUCAUUGGAAAUGAAAAUUGAGUUUGUAGGUUUCAUCUUAUCAAAAGCAGUUAAUCAGUUCAUUUUCCACUGUUCAAAGACAAACAAGCCACACUGCAUUUAUUGAGUGAAAAUAUAUUUAUUUACUUACAGAAUCUGCAAAGUUUCAUACACUGUUUGUUCUUCUUCCCCACCCAUCCCAAGAUG